AGUACCGAUCCUUCCUCCUUCCUUGACCUCUGCAGCUCGGGAAAGCCCAUCCAUCGCCGCCGCCGCCGCAGCUUCACCUUCACCUUCACGUGCGCGUGCGCGUGCUCCACCACCUCGCUCUCUAUCCAUACAUACUGCGGCGAACCACGGUGCCUCUCCGAUCCCCCGCCCCGCCCCACCCGUGCCACGGCUGCGCCGGCCUCGCCUGCCGGAAUCCCCUAAGGACUACUCUGGUUCCAUUGCUGGAGAGAGAGAAUUCGGGUUACGAUUAGGAGGAUGAUGCCGCUGCGUUGCCUCUCCGAGCUGGCCCGCCGCCGGCGGCCUCAUCGCACGUUUGAUGCUAUGAGAGUGGGGCUCCAAUAUUUCAUGACCACUUGCUCCUCAACCAAAGCUGCUGAUAGCAAUAGGCUCUCCAAUACUUAUGCAACUUCUUGUGCUAAUGUGCCAGAGGUUGCACCUAGUGAGGCGCCAUUGUCAGAUAUGCUUGUUGAUUCAUUCGGGAGGUUUCACAACUACUUGAGGAUAUCCUUGACCGAGCGAUGUAAUCUGAGAUGCCAGUACUGUAUGCCUGCCGAAGGAGUUGAGCUUACACCAAACUCGGAGCUCCUGUCGCGUGAUGAGAUCAUUCGAGUUGCUGAUCUUUUUGUUACUUCUGGUGUGGAUAAGAUCCGGUUAACUGGUGGAGAACCAACCAUUAGAAAGGAUAUUGAAGAUAUCUGUUUGCAUCUUUCUGGCUUGAAGGGACUGAAAACUCUUGCAAUGACAACGAAUGGACUUGUUCUUUCUAAGAAGCUCCCAAGAUUGAAAGAAUGUGGACUCAAUGCUCUAAAUAUUAGCUUGGACACAUUGGUUCCUGCAAAGUUUGAGUUUAUGACAAGGCGUAAAGGGCACUCAAAGGUCAUGGAAUCGAUAGAUGUUGCUAUUGAACUUGGAUUUAGAUCUGUCAAGGUCAACUGUGUUGUCAUGCGUGGAAUGAAUGAUGAUGAAAUCUGUGAUUUUGUUGAAAUGACAAGAUACAAGCCUGUGAAUGUCAGAUUUAUUGAGUUUAUGCCAUUUGAUGGUAAUGUUUGGAAUGUCAAGAAGCUGGUUCCUUAUGCAGAGAUAAUGGAUAAAGUGCGUCAACGUUUUGAAGGUGUAGAGAGACUUCAAGAUCACCCGUCAGAGACCGCAAAGAAUUUCAAGAUCGAUGGUCAUGCUGGAACAAUUUCAUUUAUUACAUCAAUGACGGAACACUUUUGUGCUGGUUGCAAUAGAUUACGAUUAUUGGCUGAUGGGAACUUGAAAGUGUGCUUGUUUGGCCCCUCAGAGGUGAGCCUGAGAGAGCCUAUCCGUACUGGUGUUGAUGACGCUGGACUCAGAGAGAUAAUAAGCGCUGCGGUUAAAAGGAAGAAAGCUAAACAUGCUGGGAUGUUUGAUAUUGCUAAGACAGCAAAUAGACCUAUGAUUCACAUUGGUGGCUAAGAUCAGUUUUACGAGCUAAAAAUACGCCGUCUCCUCUGGAUGAUGACUGCAGAUGAACUAUCAACUUUUACUUGUUUCCUGACAAAACAAAGAUUACAUGGAAAACUCAAGACAUCAAAAGGGAAUACACACAGUUUGUAAAAAACCUCACAAAGGUCACGACGGUGUCUGUAUUUUCGUACGUGUACGACAAAGCUGUACUCUAUUGUAUGUUGUAUUGGUCAUAACGCUAAUGUGUAACUAAAUUAUUCUUUUUGUGACAUCUCACCGGUUAAUAAAACGAAAUUCUUUA